AUGAGGCCACGAAUCUUGCAUUUCUUCGUCGUCCUCAGUUUGGUCCUUCUGGUCGCCGCCUGGACCAAGGAGGAUUAUGAAAUCUUCCGAUUGAAGGACGAGGUUGAAGCCGCCGAGGGCCCCGAUAUUUCCUUCUACGACUUUCUUGGGGUCAAGUCUUCCGCGACGGUCGAGGAAAUCGGUAAAGCUUUUCGGAAGAAGUCGCGCGCUCUGCAUCCUGACAAGGCCAAACAUUCCUUCGUCGCGUCGAGAUCCACCCCGACACCAAAGAAACCCGGCGAGAAGAAGAAGAAAUCUGGAGUACACGCGUCCAAAGGGCCAUCCGAAAGAGAAAUCCAGCGAUUCGUGAAACAAGCAGGGGAAAGAUACAGUCGACUGGGCGUCGUUGCAAACAUUCUGAAAGGACCUGAGCGAGAAAGAUACGAUUUUUUCCUGAAACAUGGCUUCCCAUCAUGGAGAGGAACUGGCUACUACUAUUCACGGUACCGCCCGGGCCUUGGGACGGUGUUAGUCGGCCUAUUUCUUGUCUGUGGCGGAGGCGCUCAUUACUUUGCCUUAGUCACAGGCUACAAGAGACAACGAGAAUUUAUGGAACGGUACAUCAGACAUGCUAGAAAGACUGCAUGGGGCGACGAAUCCGGUAUACCUGGACUCGCAGGCGUCGGUCAGCCUGUCGAAGUACCCGUGCCCGCAGAAGAACCCGACCCAACCGCCAACCUGAACAGACGGCAGAAGAGAGAAAUGGAACGUCAAAACAAAAAGGACAAAACAAGCAAGAAAAAGCCACUGCCCAAGGCUACUCCGGCCAAUUCAUCCCCUUCCGAGAACAGACGACGGGUUACUGCUGAGAAUGGGAAAAUCUUGAUCGUUGACUCUGUCGGGAAGGUGUUCCUUGAGGAAGAAGACGAGGAUGGCGAAAUUCAAGAAUAUCUCCUCGACUUGGACGAAAUUCCAAAGCCGACGGUUUGGGAUACGGCCGUCGUACGCCUCCCGGUAUGGAUGUACAGAAAAGCAUUGAACCCGUUCCUCAAGAAGGGCGAUCCAGUGACGCCAGAAGAAACCUCUUCUCCAGAGCCCGAAACGCUAUCUGGAAGCAUACACAGCGCAGUCACAGAAAAGCUACCAACGCCAGACCUGAGUUCUAGUCAGAUCUCUGACUCUGGUUUCGAGAUUGUCGAUUCAUCAGGAAUAGAGAAAGAAAUCGAAAAGGCUUCUGCGGCUGCUGGCAUCAAGAAGCGAGGCAAGAAGGGGAAGAAGUAG